CUUAUGGGCUCACUCCCCAAUAACUAGUGUGCACAUUUUACACAAGCAACUGAGCAAGGCAACAAGUAAAUCCGCUAUUCCGCAACGGCUGUAAGCUGUAACUGUCUUGGCCUCCAAGACAGUCAGUCCCUCUCUUCUUCCAUGUCCUGCAGCAAACUCAACUACCUGUAAAUUUUAGCAAAGAGCAAAAAAAUCAAAAUCAAUCACAACUCCCAAAAUGAAAUUUAGGGUUCAUCGCAAAUUCCCGGCAUUCGAUAAUCUGUAUCGAUUUUCCAGUCUCAAAAUCCUUCAAACUCGCAACUUCAGUCCCUCCUUCCUCUACAAGCUUCGGAGCUUUUCUUCUUCCUCUUCUGCUAAAGCUUCUUUAAACGACGCCAAUAACAGCAGCUCUAAUGGAAAUACAUUUUUGUUGCCCGGCGCAACUGUAGCUACCAUACUUAUGCUUGGUGCUCUUCAUGCUCGUCGCCUUUACGAUGACAAGAAGGUUGAGGAGGCAAAGGAGAAAGGCGUUGAACCUGGGUUCCAACCUGAUGCAAAAGCAUCAUUUUUGAGUCUUCUACCCCUCCGCACCAUUUCUCGAAUGUGGGGUUCUUUGAUGAGUGUGGAACUUCCUAUACAAAUGCGACCUUAUGUAUACAAAGCAUGGGCACGGGCAUUUCAUUCAAACUUAGAGGAGGUAGCUUUGCCUUUGGAAGAAUAUCCCUCUAUGCGGGAUUUCUUUGCUCGGAAGCUGAGAGCGGGUUGCAGACCUAUAGAUAAUGAUUCCCAAUGCCUGAUCAGCCCUGUGGAUGGUACUGUUGUGAGAUUUGGCGAGUUGAAAGAACCUGGUGCUAUGAUUGAGCAAGUCAAAGGUUUUUCCUAUUCUGUGUCCGCUCUUCUUGGACAAAAUUCGUUUCUUCCCAUGGUCUCCGGGAAAGACGUGGUUGAAAAGAGCAGUGAGGCAGAUAAUGGCCAUAGGGAUCAAACUAAGAAGUCAUGGUGGAGAGUUUCUUUAUCUUCGCCUAAAAUUCAGUAUCCAGUAUCUGCUAGUCCAAUGAAAGGUCUUUUUUAUUGUGUCUUGUACCUAAGCCCUGGAGACUACCAUCGUGUACAUUCACCUGUUGACUGGAAUGUUCUAGUUCGCAGACAUUUUUCAGGUCAUCUUUAUCCUGUGAAUGAGCGUGCUACUAGAACAAUCAGAAACCUCUACGUGGAGAAUGAAAGGAUUGUGCUGGAAGGUCAGUGGCAACAAGGAUAUUUUGCGCUUGCAGCAGUAGGUGCUACAAACAUAGGUUCUAUUGAGCUUUACAUUGAGCCAGAGCUGCAGACGAAUCGUUCUAGAAAGAAGUUUCUACAGUCAGAGCCACCCGAGGAGCGCAUGUAUGAACAAGAAGGUGGCUUUUUGGUGAAGAAAGGGGAAGAGGUAGCAGCUUUCAAUAUGGGAUCAACAGUGGUCCUUGUCUUUCAGGCUCCGGUAGCGAAGUCAUCAAAAGACAACGUAUCGACAGACUUCCGAUUCAAUAUCAAACGUGGUGAUAGAAUCCGUGUGGGAGAAGCCCUUGGGAGAUGGAAUGAUUCACAGAAGAAAGAGUGAAGGACGUGGAGGGAACUUGUAGGAGCACACAGAAUACAUUAGUAGUGACAGGAAUAUCAUAGAAAAUUUAACCAUUGCAACUAUGGAGAUAGCUUUACUAACAAAAUAUGUGUCCCCAUUUAAGAAUGUACAUGGUAAAUGUUUGGUAUUGUGAGAAAUUAACUGCGCAUAUUUGGAGAAAGGGGUUACAUUAUACACCAGUUUUGAGGCUAUAUUGAGAACUGUUCUUUCUUUCAA